UCCAAUAUCCAGAUUUUUAUUUCAUUUGGAAUACAAAGCGGGUCAAAUAAAGUUUUCUACACAUAUUUGCUUAAUUACUAUAUACGUGUGCGAUACUGUUAUACUAACCAUAUUACUUUGGUCCUCAUGAUACUAAAAAGUGGGCGGGUGGCCCCAGUUACUAUCCAACAGUGCUCCAAAUGUUAUGAAGAUAAAAUAGACUCGUAUUGAUGAUGAAAAAUGAAGGGUGUUGAUAGUUUACCAUCAGACCGAGAAGGGAUGACAAACAAACCAGUAGUAACAUGUGCAGGGGAUUGGAAUUUAUUCUGUACCUUGGAGGCGCCUCUUGUGGCAGCUAUACCUCAAGAUUCUUGUGAAUGGAGAAGGUCUUUUGGGAGGAUAAAUAAAUUUGUGUAUUUAGAAGCAUCAUUCAUAAAAUAUAACAAUAAUGAAAAACCACAGUCUGAGCUGAAUUUACUGAAACGUCCUAUUUUUCAUAUCUACUGGACAGAUUGUGUGGACAUAGAAUUUUAUAAAACUACAUUAAGAGAAGAUAUAGAAGGAUGGCUCAAACAAUUAGAGAAAAACAAUAUUACGGAUUGGAUGUUAGUUUUGGUUGAGACAUAUGAUAUAAGGAAAACGAACAAGCUCCUGCCGCGGACAACAGUGUUAGAUAAGAUUAAAUCGGACUUUGCAGUGAAACAAACGGAGGAUAGGUUUAUUUCAGUCAUUAAUCCAAUAAAAUCGGAAGCGAGGAGUGCCGACUCAUGGAGGACAUUAGUGGCCAGAGUCAGACACUUCAUUCUAGUUGCAUAUAAUAAGGCUAUCAAUAAGUUUGAGGAGCAUAUGAGAGAGCAGAGAGAAAAGAGAAAUGAUUCAGAAUGGGACUUUUGUAAAUAUUUUACCUUACAGGAACAACUAGCAUUUGUAUUAGAAAUGCUUGGCUUAUACGAAGAAGCUCUAGUCCAAUAUGAUGAGUUAGAUGCUUUGUUUUCCCAAUUCGUUCUCAAUUCACAUGUAACUGAGAGUCCAAAAUGGCUGGAGACAUUCAAACAGCCGGUGACGUCCUGGCAGGCUGUCAGAUUAACUGCACUCAUACCGCAGAAGUUAAGGGACUUAAUUAUUAAAAAGAAAGCCUCUCUUUUAGAUUUUAGGAGUUAUUUAUUUCAACGACAAAGUGCCAUGUUAUUACGUACCUUUAAACCUUCCGAGAUUGCAUCCCGUUGUCUAUCUACGGUGCACAACACUUCAGUAGAGCUCACGCUACUCGGCGCGAGCGCGGCCGACGGCGCAGCGGCGUGCUGGGCGCACCUUGCGUGCGUGGAGACGCUGCGGGCGUGCGAGCGACUCGCCGCGACCAACACCGCGCUCGACGCGUGCACGGCCAUGAACGCGCCGCUCCUGCACAACGCCAAGGAUAAGCUUCACGAGCUAGGCAAGCUCUGCGGCCUGCUACCCGGUACUCCGGACCCCACGUCGGAGCAGCUCCAUCUGGUUGUGAUGCUGUCAGCAGGGAUGGGGGACAGCGAGCCCAACAACCAGCAGUCCCCGACCGACAGGCUGAAGGAGGCACUGUGUAGCAAGACCAGCUUCCAGCAGUAUUAUCUCGAGCUGGCCGAGCUGGCCAUGGGCACGUACAAGCAUAUUGGGUGGCUCAGGUUCGCCCGCCACAUAGGCCGAGACCUGGCUUCAUUCUACUCGGAGCUGGGGGAGUGCAGCAAGGCUGUAGUGUUCCUUACUGACGCACUGAGGUCAUACGAGGAGCAGAAAUGGCCGGACUUGGCUGCUCAGACAAGACUCGAGUUGGUGGCUGCGGCUAAGAAGAUGAACGAUGUAGAUAGAUAUACAAAGCUCUCUGCUAGAAUAGCUAGUACGGUCGAAUUAGAAAUUCUAGUCCGAAAUUUUUACUACGAGGAGAUGUGGAAGUCUAUGAGAGAGAAUCUCGCUGAAAGACAGGAGUCUGUGCUGACCGAACUCAACGAUUGCUUCAAAAUCGUCUCAGCAACUUUGGUGCCGUCCGAACGUGGUGUUUACAUCACUGAUAAUAAGAUUCAAGUUCGCCUGGUGUUCGAUAGUAAUUUUCCAAAGGAUAUCCUAUGUAAUAGAGCCGCUAUAAGUAUAGAGAGAUAUGAGAAGAAGACGCCGGCUAAGAAUUAUAAGACUGAUUUAUCUGCUAGUGUAAGUGUCGCGUCGCCCAAGAAAUCCAAAGAGUGUACAGAUGAUAGUGAAACUAAUGUCGUUUUUACAGAAAUAAGAUUAGACGAUUUAAAACCUAAAGAUCCCCUCCUGCACCCGAUGCACAUAACCUCAAAACUUCACUACAAAGAGGACAAGACAUUGCAAAAGGCGACGGUAGAGUACCAAAACGUUAAAGCGCCUCUGAAAAGAUCGGACAGCAGUAAAUACAGAAAACCCUCUGCCACAGUCAGAAACAACUUUGAAUCGUCAUUUACGCAUAACGAUGUGGUUAUAAAACCCGGACAAAAUGAAAUAAUACUCGAACAUGUUGCGAACAAGUGUGGUGCGUUUAGAUUGGGACAAGUGUCUUUAUUGAUUGAUAAGUUGGAAUUCCUAUCGAACGUGUUGAUUGGGAGUAAGCUGGGUUAUGAUGUGGAGACAAAGGUUGUGUCGGUUUAUCUGAAUAAGGUUGAGCCGAAGAAGGAUUUGAUUGCGGGCUUGGAACAGGAAAUGGAGCUAGUUGUAACUAGCGGCAGCUCGAAAAUUGAGGAGUCGUCAAUCCUUCUCAAGACAUCAACGGGUCUGAACGCGCGGUUCCCGAGCGAUGUUCUCGGUUCCCGGGAGCUGACGGUGCCGGUUCCCGCGGCGGAACCCUUCCACACCACGCGGGUUCCGUUAAUGUUGUACGCGAACCUGCAACCGAGGAGAGAGAAGAGUAUUGAGCAUACGGUGUGGCUGACUUGUCCCUGGUGGGAGUCAGUAACGGAAGUUCCGUUACACUUCUCCCCGCCAAUGGUCGCGACUUGGCAGCUACUGACGUCCAACACUCGGAAGUUCGUGCAAGUAACCGUCAAGUCGACUGUUGCUCACUUCACGGAGUUUAUACUGAGUGAACCCAAGUUGGAGUGCGAUGGAAGUGCUAUGUCCGAUCUGAAUCCGAAAUGUACGAGGGAUUUGAUGGUGUCAUCAGAUGGCACGACCGCUUCCUUCAUGUGGGAGCUACUCAAGGACCCGCUAGUUAAGGCGAAGCCACUUAAAGCAACAUUCACAGUCCUAUACCGUCCCGUCACAGAAGAUAUAACUAGAACAUUCACCUGUCCCUUCGACAUACAAGACUACACGACGCUCUUCGUGAUAAGAACUAAGUUGGAGCCGGGGAAGGGAUCUGACUUUUGUAGGGCGUCGCAAGUGUGCAGCCUGCAACUUAAUAUACAGAGGGUAAACGAAACUGAAUAUACGUCGCUCAUGUACGAAGUGUUAGCGGAUCAAACCAUGUGGGCGGUGCUGGGACGCACAGCAGGCGUUCUAACGAUGGAGAACAGUGGAUCACCGCAGAGCGUGUCGCUAGACGUGAUGCCGCUCGGCGCGGGCUUCCUGCCGCUGCCCGCCGUCCGCCUGUCCAAAUACAUCGCCGCCAACACUAAAGAUCCGAAGAAAGAUAUAUCCCCGCACCCUCGGCUCGAGCCGUUCAGCCCUGGCCAGGUGUACCACGCGAGUAAGGCCAAGCAGGUCCAUGUAUUGCCGCCUGCGCAGAAAGACCACGCCGAUAUUGUUGUUUAAAUCAUCAUCGCCCGACCAGCAGGCUAAGCAUAACAUCAUAAGAAACGGGAAAUAAUGGACUUACUGACAGAUUCUACUGAUAAAAUCGCGGAUUUCCUUCGUCUAUCACUUUUUUUCUUCCGUAGAAAGAAAUCGCUCUAUGGUGAUUAUACUAAGCCUGCAAGCCGUCAUUUAUGUGAAAACCGCCAUCACCAUUUGAACUUCCGAAGUUCUUAGCAAUCUAAGUCGCAAUAGACAACGAACCAGUAAGCCGACUGCAAACAAACUGACGAAGCGAAUACCGCUGUAAGCAUGCUAUGAACGGUCGAGCAAUGCAGCGGCACGUGCCGGCCGAUAUGACAUACUACGUCAAACUUCUAAGUUGGCGUACUGGUUCAUUCUGUCUAUUGUGUCUAAGUGCUUAGUCAAAAUGCAUUCGCCAUAUGCGAUAGCGAAGUUGAAUGUCAACAAAAAUGAAAGGGAUUUGACAUAACGUAUCGCUAUGUGUCAUGGC